AUGGCGGUUGCACUCCUUGACGGCGUUGAUGUAUGGCCUCAGAUUCCGGCUGGUGAGGAUCAAAGCCCAGGCGCGAGCAAGGGACGGCCCCCUCACAGCGGUACCACUAUGACCCCAUCCACUCCCACUCCUACCCCUUCCGUCGCCCCUAUGUAUACACCCACGCCUGCGUCAACCUCCACGCUUCAUCCUCCUAGCUACACUUCCAGCCCAGCUAUUCUCCUUAGCCCAGCUAUUCUCCACAGCGUAGCUAUUCCCCACAGCCCAGCUCUGUAG